UCGUAACGGUAGUAUUGACAGAGUGAGUCGCAAAAGACAUUUCUAACCAGUAAGAUGGAAACUAGUGGUUUAUUCAAUGCUGCUGUUAGAGUGAAAGUCGAGCCUUGUGAUAAUUUGCUUACCCAAAAUAAUUAUGAAACAAUCGAUGCGAUACCCGUAACUGAAAAUGUCAAGUACGAAAGGUUUCUUCAAGAAAACUCGACCCAAGAGCUUCAAGAAAAUGAGCUUGACGACAUUCAAAUCGAAUUGGAAUGUACAGACAUGAAGCCCAAUUUAUUGACAGUGGUGAAAAUAGAAGAUUAUUCUCCAAGUCAAUGGCCAGAUAGCGAAGAGUAUAAAACCGGAGGCAAAAUAAAAGUAGAAACUGUCGGGUCAGUGAAGAAAGAAAUUUUGAGGGAAGGAGAAAAUGAUUUAAAUUUAGGACGUGGACUCAGCGAGAAAAAUGAAACAGGAAGUGUUUCAAAAGAGCUAAAUUAUGAGCAUAGGCUAAAAACUCACACUGAAUCAGCCCGUAAUGGCAAUAUCAAACCUGCAUGUGAUAUUUGCGGAAAAGUGUUCAAACUUAGAGGUCAUCUCAAUAGGCACAUCGAUUCGGUGCAUCGUAAAAUCACGCAUUCAUGCGAUAUAUGCCUAAAGACAUUCUCAAAUAAAAGUAAUCUUAAAAUACACAGUGAUUCAGUGCAUUAUAAAAUUAUGCAUCCAUGUGAUGUAUGCCAAAAGACAUUCUCAAACAGGAGUAAUCUCAGAAAGCACAUCGAGUCGGUGCAUAAUGAAGUCAGGCAUGCAUGCGAUAUAUGCCAAAAGAAAUUCUCAGACAAGGGUAAUCUCAAAACCCACAUCGAGUCGGUGCAUCGUAAAAUAAGGCACACGUGCGAUAUAUGCCAAAAGACAUUCUCAGACAAGAGUAAUUUCAAAAAGCACAUCGAUUCGGUGCAUAAUGGUGUCAGACAUUCGUGCGGUAUUUGCCAAAAAACAUUCUCACAAAAAGGUUAUUUCAAAACUCAUAUCGAUUCGGUGCACAAGCGAGUCGGGCAUGCAUGUGACAUGUGUGCAAAGACAUUCUCACAAAAAAGUCAUCUCAAAACCCACACCGAAUCGGUGCAUUAUGGUAUUUCACAUGCAUGUGAUGUUUGUGAAAAGACAUUUACUCGAAAAGAUCAUCUCAAAAUCCACAUAGAAUCGGUGCAUAAUAGUGUCAGACAUGCAUGCGAUAUUUGUGAAAAGACAUUCACAACAAAGUAUUAUCUCCAAAGGCAUAUCGACGCUGUGCACAAUGGAACCGGCUUCGCAUGUGAUGUGUGCACAAAGAAAUUUACUGCGAAAAGUAGUAUUAAAGCUCAUAUCGAUGCGGAACACAAUGGAAUCACCCACGCAUGUGAUUUCUGUGGAAAAAAAUUUAAAUAUCAAACUCAACUCCGUAAGCAUGUCAAAUCGUCGCAUAGUGGUAUCAUACAUUCAUGCGAGACCUGCGGAAAGACAUUCAGACAAAAAAGAAAUCUUAAAGCUCACAUCGAUGCGACGCACCGCUCACGCAAUCAGACCUAAUAAAUGUUUAAAAUUUAUGUUGAAUUAAGUUACAAAUCCAAAUGUAAGAUCAAGAUCUCUUCAGACGACUCAAUUAAUAAAUUUUAUUAAUUAUAUGACGAA